GCAGAAUAUGGGACUUUUUCAUGACCUUCAUCGCGUACACGUCUCCCGUGCUCUUCUCGUGAACAACCUGGACCUGCACAACACAGACGGAGAGGAUGAUGAACAUCACGUGUGAGAUGAUCAUUGGCCUCGUCCAAUGACUGCCUUCACAGAGAAAUCGUCAGGAGUCAAUCGCAGUUUGCUCAGAUCCUUCACAGCCCCUUCAUCUGAAACACAUA